AAGCAAUGAAAGAGUAAAGUAUUUAAUAUUGAUGAAAGAAAAACAUCUAACAACUCAAUGGAUGUAACUUUUUGUUGCACUUGUCAUUUGGUUACGGUAAGCAUCACUACCUACUACAUAACAUCAACUCUCAUAAUUUCAUUGGGUGCCAUUAUACUGCCACAUUAAAAAACAAACAUUGCUAUUGAGGCCUUCUCAAGAUUGUCUUAAAUGCCUAAAUAUCUGAAGUGCAUAUACCUCAGUAUUACUGAUGCAGUUUCAGGACAAGCAGUAGUUGUUGGUCCACAUUUUUUGCACAACUACAAAGCUGCCCAAGGCUGAUCAGUAUCAGUUAAUCUCAUCUUACAUGGUAGUGGGCAACAUUUGUAAAAGCUGACUAAAAGCAGCUAUACCAGUUUGGUGACAUUCAGGUCUUUGGAGAUUAGCAGCUCAAGGAUUCUAAGACUCUCGUCAACACAGGUGAGAACAUAUUCAAAGUUAUAGAGAUAGUUUAUUCUGUUUUCAUGCUCUAUGUCAACUAUAGAUCUAGAUUGCUGCUGAACUUAUACACUUUGUCUCCUUAAAGACUCCCAGAUGACCCAAUCAGAGGCAAAGUAGGGGCAAAAGGAUUGUACAAGGGAAGAGUGAGUAUUUGUAUGUGUAGGUGCAGGUGUUGAUAGGUAAGUACAAGCUGGCUCUCACAAGACAUUCAGACCCCUCCUGAAACAGUGCUUGGCUUAAGCCUUUGAUUGAAUAGAAAUUGUCACAAGAUUUUCAAUGGUAUACAUGAAAAAUUUAUGUUCUUCAUUACAAUAUAAAAAUCAGUGUCCUAAUAACAUUUUUCAUCUAUUUUUUCACAUAACAUGACAAUCUGAAGUGAAAACCACUCAAAAAGAUGAUGCCUUCGAAUGCACCAGUAUGAACAUAUCAUUGUCUCUUUCUAGCUGCUAAGAAUUGAUUUAGCUUUAAAGAUAAGAUGAGGCAAGGAGGUUAUAUCAGAUAUAACCUCCUUGGAUGAGGUAAACAUAAAAACAGUGCAUGGUCUAAAGAUGAUAAUCUGUUUAGGUAUAUGACAUAUGGCAUUGCACUGUACAAAUAUUGGGAUUUAUCUAGUGCGAAAUAGACGAUGAUGGCAGAUAGGUCUGGCAAUGAUAUGUUAUGUGGUAGACAGCAGCAGUACUGUUAACUGAAUGUUUUUAUUGCUAUAGGUCAUCCUAGGAGAUCCUUGGGUGAUAACUCAAAUGUGACCAGGCCUUGGCUUUUGUUUUUAAGAUUACAUAAGGGUACAGUCCAUUCCACUCUACUAAAAUUGUACUGGGAGUUUUACCAAAGAGGCCAAGAUUUAGAGAUGCACAUAAAGAGGGUUGGGUAACGGUUAGUACUCUUUUCAGUGAGCCAGACAGAGAGACAUAUCAAAUCAAUACAACUAUGUCACACUUGCUAGGCUAUAGUGGGCAAAGACAGUUACAUGAAUAAUGACAGUUCAUGUCAUGUUCAUUGACAAUACGUACAUUUGUAAUAGCUAUUGUUAUAGACUGCAGUACUCUAACAAAAGAUAAAAGUCACAAGAAAGCAGACAAAAUGACACCAGGUUCCUUGAAUGGCCCUAAUGGAGGCAAUAACAGUGCAUGGACGAGAGUAAUGGCUUCACUAAAGGCGGCGAAAGGUAUUCUGCUAUCCCUGAUGUCAGCCAUUUUUCUUUCAUUCUGUGCAGAAUUCAUAGCAUUGGCAAGUAAGGCUGGCAUACCAGGUUUCCAAAUUCUGUUUUUAAUGCGAUUGAUAGAGCUUCUUACACUUGUUCCUAUUCUAGCAUUCUGUCGGCCUAAAUUAAUGGGUGAAAACAGAUACCAGAAUAUCAUGUUGUUCCUAUUUGUGAUUAUUGCAAAUUUUGCAGAUAUUGUGAACUUUCUGUCUUUUACCUACACAGUUCCUGGCAUUGCAUUUGGUAUCAUUCAAGGUUCAAUGCCUUUCUUUGUUUCCUGUAUUGGAUCUCUGUUCCUAAAUGAAUCUCUGGGUAUCUUAGACAUUUGUGCGAUUCUCCUAGGCAUAACAGGUGUUGUUCUACUGGCAUUUGGGAUGACACAUAUAGGUGCAAUGUCCACCAAGCUACUGUUGUUGUCAAUCAUCAUUCCGGUGCUUGCUUCAUUUGCCAAUGCACCUGACAUGAUUAUGAUGCGGUACCUUAGAGGCACACUAGGGAUCCCAAUAACCACUUCUUUGCUGCAUCAAGAUUUGUAUGGGACAGUGGUAUUACUAGCAAUAACCUACACAGCAGAGACUCCGGUUUGGAAAAUGCCAUUACGUACAGUGUUAUACGUGAUAGGACUGGGUGUGAGCAAGUUUCUUGCUAUCUUCACUGUCUUUGCUGCAUUGGAAGUGGAAAAAGCAUACAUCCCAACAGCACUUCGCAUGUUUGUGAUACCUAUCUCUCUGCUGUUGGACUACUGCUUUCUGGAGGAGGUACCAAAUUCCCUCCAAGUGGCAGGAGUGACCUUGGUGAUACUGGGUUUAAUCUUAAUCAGUGGGUACACAUGGUGGACCCAUCGUCAAGAGGAACUGCAGAGGACACUUCUCGAAACACUCUAUUUUGAUCCCGACGAGAACUAAGGGAUAUUUCAGGACAAAGCUCAAAGUUUUCCCUCGUAUAUACAACCAAUGUAGACCUACUUUUUAAUUGUCAAAAUCAAUGUACGAUGUGUCUUGGUUUCGAGGAGUAUAAUGCUAGUUGACCUUUAUUCGCUGGGUAACCUAUAUAUCCGUUACUUUUAAAAACGUGGUAUUUGGGGAUAUCACGUUGACGGACUUUGGUUUAAAAUUGCAAUAUUUUAGUAUAGUGCAGCUUAAAACUACCACCCGUAGACUUGAUGUGCCUAAAUGCACCGUUUUGAAAAACAAUGGAUAUAGAUUACCCCGCGAAUAAAGGUGAAGCGUUACUAUGUAAAGUUGAGGGUAUCUCCCUAUCUUUAUGUACAAUUUAGUACCAUUGUAAUGGUCUUUUAAGGUGACAAUGAAUCUUUAUUUUGCUAGUAGGUUAAUCUACAAAUAGUUUAUGUUAAAGGAAUAAAUAUAUAAUAAAACCAUUGGGAAAGCACUUGUUUCCUUUUUUGUGUGCU